GCUGUGAGGAACGUCUCUAUCAAAGCAUCGAGGGCAGACCCGGAUCCGGCCUCCUUCACCACAACAAGAGAAGAAUCAUGAAACUGAACCUGCUGCUCUUCCUGGCUGCACUGAACAGCGGCAUCUCAACCUACCGGCCCAUGGAAACAUCACCCUGUGAUAUGAAAAACUUGGAGGCAUUUUGUCACAGGAAAGAUUUUCACCAGAUACCUUCAGAGAUUUACCCCACUGUGCGUAAAAUCGACCUUUCUGAAAACAAAAUUCAAAACAUCACCAAGACACCUUUGACUUUUUACACCUCCCUCCGCUAUCUUGACUUAAAUUCUAAUCGUAUCGGUUACGUAGAACCAGGAGUCUUCUCAGAUCUGAUGAGCUUGGUGAAGAUCGAUUUAGCCAACAACCAACUCUACCUGUUGGCUCAGCACAAUGUUUGGGUCGGAUUACUACCCCAGGUCAGAAUACUGGACUUGUCUCACAACAGCCUCUAUAAUGGGAUGGCUCAACGAUUCCUCCACCAAGCACCAUCCCUUGAGUAUCUUUCGUUGGCAGAGAACAGCAUCACAGAACUAUCAUGGCGCAUGUUUCAGGGGUCUCCAAGACUUGUCGAAGUGGACCUUCAUAGCAAUAUGAUCAUGGAGAUAGAAGAAGGUGUCUUUGAGAUGCUGUCACAUCUCUCCACACUUAACCUGUCCAUGAACUCGCUCACCUGUAUUGCUGAUUUCAGCUUGAAACAGCUGCAAGUCUUGGAUCUCAGCCGGAACAGCAUUGAGACCUUCCAUUCCACCGAAUCUAAAGAAGUGUUCAACCUUGUUUGGCUGGACUUGAGUGAGAACAAGCUACUUAGGUUCCCGGUUCUCCCCCAAGACAACAAGCUGGCCUUCCUGAAUUUAUCCAAGAACAUUAUGCAAUUCGUGGUGGACUCUUCUACUGAUGAUUUGGACUACAACUGGCAAGAUGUCCCUUUUGAUCUUCAAGCUCAGAAUCCAAAGAGCAACAAAAGCUCUCCCUCCUUGUCUCAGCUGUUAUAUUUGGACUUGAGUUAUAAUGAAAUCAAAUCCCUCCCGCUUGAGUUCUUUGCAUCAAUGUCUGCUCUCCAGUUUCUUAACCUCAGCAAAAACUGCCUUCAGGCAUUCGUGGUGAGUUCUGACUUGAUCUCGCUGGUCAUCCUUGACCUCAGUUCUAACUCUUUGCAGAACCUGGAAUUGGACUCCAAUGCACCGAGUGAGUUGGAAGAGCUCUAUCUUCAAGAGAACAAUCUCCAGGAGCUACGAGCAGACAUAUUUGCAAGCCUCCCCCAAAUCAGACUGCUCAACCUCCGAAGAAACCACCUCAGACUCUGCAGCUUGUACUCAGGGUUAGCCAGGCGAAGGCUCGCAGGUGAGGAAAAUGGCUGCGUCUCGUUUGUCAACCUUCCCGAACUUCGGUAUUUAUAUCUAGCGGACAAUAACUUGGAGAGCCUCCCGCCACAUAUUUUUUACCAGACUCAGCUCACUGUGUUGGAUCUCUCUAGGAAUUGGGGACUUCAGAUUGAGGCCAAAUCGUUGUCAGGAUUAGAACGGUCCCUUGAACAUUUGGAUUUGCACAGUAACGGCAUGACAACUUUAAAUAUCCAUUUACCUCUUUUUACCCAUCUCAGAUAUCUAAAUUUGUCAGACAAUCGGCUCAGCUGGCUGCCCGCUUGGUCUGAGGACUGUUGUGCCUUGGAAAUUUUGGAUCUACGGAAUAAUACCUUCAGCAGUCUGAAAAGCAGCAAGAUCCCGGCCUUAGAGAAAACCCUCCAGAACUUGUACCUGGAGGGGAACCCUCUCAGUUGCUGCGGCAAUAUCUGGCUUUCUCAUAUGAUCCACAGAGCUAUGGUGGAGAUCCCCAACUUAGACCUAGUCAAAUGCCAGUAUGCCAAGAGCUUUGGGUACGAUGAAAAAGAAAUGACUGUGAGGAACGUAAGGCCCGAAGACUGUGAGAAAGAGGACCUCAAGAAAAUGAGUGUACUCCUCUUGCUUGUGGCAGUUCUGGUCUUGUCACUGAUAGUCAUUGGAGUGGGCCUUUUCUGUUGCUAUCGCAGACACAAGUUCGGGCGUCAGUUUAAGGCAUAG